AUGCCGGUCACCUUCAAGUUCCGCCCCUCGGAAACCCGCGGCGCCGCCAACCACGGCUGGCUCAAGUCGUUCCACACGUUCAACUUUGCGAGCUACUACGACCCCUCGUUUGAGGAUUUUGGCUGCCUCCGUGUCAUAAACGAGGACCGCGUCGAUCCCAGCCAGGGUUUCCCAACCCAUUCACACCGUGAGGCCAACAUCUUCUCUUACGUCAUCUCUGGCGAGCUCGCCCACCAGGACAGCAUGAAGAACGUCGAGCAGAUGGGCCGCGGCGAUGUCCAGAUGACCUUUGGCGGUACCGGUAUUAGCCACUCCGAGUACAACGACAACAAGGAGAAGCCGGUCCACUUUCUCCAGAUUUGGGCGUACCCAUACGAACGCGGUCUCAAGCCCAGGUACUUUGGCCGCCACUUUACCGACGAGGAAAAGAAGGACAAGUGGGCUCACAUCGUCGCUCCGCUCCACUACCCGGGCGUCGUAGACGCGCGUGACGGUUCUGGCCCGGUGCCCAUCGCGUCCGACCUCAACUUCUUUGCAUCCCUCGUGUCUCCCGGCACGACUGUCAAGCACAACCUCGUUGCGCGCAAUCGUGGUUCGGGAGACGACAAGCUCGUCUACGUCCAGCUUGUUCAGACUACCGGCUACAACCCUCGCAAGGCGCCGACGGACGGCUCGGUUGCCCAGGUCAAGAUCUCGCUUGGCGGCGAGACCGUCACUCUCGCUGAGGGCGACGGCGUCUUCAUCCGCGGCGGCAAGGUCGGUGAUGAGCUCAUCACUGAGAACGUCGGCAACAAGGUCGGUGAGGUCGUCCUCUUCGAGAUGGAUUCCAACUAG